AUGCCCAAAGCACCCCGUGCGCCCGCAAAAGCGAAGCACGACCCUCUCUACGUCCAGCUGGGCGAGGACGAGGCGCAUGCAAAGUACGGCCGCGUCUCCCAGCCUGGACGCCGCAAAAGAUCAAAAACGAACGAGGAUGAGGAGGAGUCCGGCGAGGCUAUCCUAGACCCCAAGACUUCGCGGCGCAUAUUCGAGCUCGCGCGCGACCAGCAGGAGGAGCUCGACGAAAAGGAUCUCGACGAUGAGGAUGAGGACGACACCCAGUUGGAUCUGUCCGCGCCUCGAGGGCCAUCAUUAGACGACGACGACGAUCUCGACCUGGACCGUUACGAAGAUGUGGAGGAGAUAGAGGAAAUUGAAGUUGAUGAAGAUGACAUGAGGGCGCUCGACGCGCUGCUCCCUGCAAACGCGGGGGAGCGCAGGACACUCGCGGACAUCAUCUUUUCGAAACUCGACAACCUCGAAGGUGGGAACGCGGACGCAGAUGACGAGAAGCACCAUGAUUCCGACCGCGCGCCAGACCCCGCAGCAGGGCUUGACCCCAAGGUCGUCGAAGUUUAUUCAAAAGUCGGGCAGAUGCUGACCCGGUACAAGUCCGGCCCGCUCCCGAAGCCCUUCAAGAUCAUCCCCUCCCUCCCGCAGUGGUCGCGCAUCCUCGCGCUCACGCACCCCGAAAACUGGUCCCCGCAGGCAUGCCAUGCUGCGACGCGCAUCUUUAUCUCGCAGAUGAAGCCGCCACAGGCUCGUGUCUUCCUCGAAGCCGUCCUGCUCGAUGCGCUCCGUGAGGAUAUCCGUCAAACACGGGAGGGCAAUCGGCGGAAUAAGAACCACCGCAAGCUGAACGUGCAUUAUUACGAGAGCUUGAAGCGCGCGAUGUACAAGCCCGGUGCGGUGUUCAAGGGCAUCGUGUUCCCUUUGCUGAACAGCGGUUGCACAUUGCAAGAGGCUGCCAUCGUUGCGUCCGUUUUGUCAAAAGUCAAGAUCCCGCUCGGACACUCAGCAGCAGCACUCAUGCGGCUCGCCAAUAUGGACUACUCUGGCGCGAACUCGCUAUUCAUCCGUGUGCUUCUCGACAAGAAACAUGCGCUGCCGUACAAGGUCGUCGACGCCCUCGUCUUCCACUUCAUCCGCCUCUCGAACACGUAUAAGGCCCGCCGCGCCGGCGACGCGGAGAAGCUUCCCGUGCUCUGGCACCAGAGCCUGCUCGUCUUCUGUCAGCGGUACGCGUCGGACUUGACCCCGGACCAGAAGGACGCGCUGCUGGACGUCGUGCGCGUGAACCCGCACCCGCAGAUCAGCGCGGAGGUGCGGCGCGAGCUCGUGAGCUCCGUCGAGCGCGGUGCGCCGCGGCCGGACGCGGACGGCGACGUCGCGAUGGCGUAGGCGGCGCGUGGUGUUGUGCUGCUCUUGAUUCUGCGCUUUGUUUGUUGUAGGCUUUGUUGGUUAUAGACGUUGUACGGAUGCCUCCAC